AUGCCUGUCGUUGCUGUUGCUGGAGGAACUGGCAAGCUGGGUCGUGCCAUCGUUGAUGCCCUCAAUGCAACCAAGCAGUCCACCGUUCUGGUCCUGGCUCGAGAGUCUUCUGAGCUCAAGGAGAAGGAGAUUGGCUCGAAGAUAGUAGCUGUUGACUACGGGAACGUUGCCAACAUCACAGAAGCCCUGAACAUACACAAGGUGGAUGUCCUUAUCUCUACCGUCUUCUCGGUCCAAACCAACGAUGCCGAGUUGGCUUUGAUCGAGGCUGCGGAUCGGGCUUCCGGCAAGAUUCGAUUCAUCACCAGCUCCUGGGGCAUCCCAUACACCAAGAGCAUGGGCACCCGUUUCGGUCCCGCGGCUCACAAGGCCGAGGCGGUGGCGGCGCUCGAGAAGACUUCACUGGUGUUCUCAAGCGUCCACCCCGGCUAUUUCCUUGAUUACUUCUGUAUGCCCAAGGUGAAGUCUUACAUGGAUCCCGUCACUACUUUCAUCGACAUUCAAAACAACAUCGCCGCCAUCCCUGGCUCCGGAGACACGCCCGUGGUCUUCACGCACACCUGGGACGUCGCAAAGUUUGUCGCUGAAUACGUCAAUCAGCCUGCUUCUGAGUGGGAGAAGGAUGUCUUCAUCAUCGGUGAUAAGAUCACCAUGAACGAGUUCGUCGCUAUUGCCGAGGAGGCCAAGGGAGUCAAGUUUGAAAUCUUCCACGAUUCACUCGACAAACUCAACAAGGGCGAAGUCACAGAGUUGCCAUCGCACCCCGCUAUGUAUCCCUACUUCCCCAAGACGAUGUUGCAGAGCCUGUUCGCUGCAUUUGGUGUGUUCUUCGACAAUGGGGAUUUCGACUUCAACCCAUCCAAGUCUUUGCAUGAUGUUUUCCCCCACACCAAGGCCAGGACCGUCAAGGAGGUUGUCAACGCAGCGUGGAAGACUGAGUAG